GCGGCGGAAGUGACGCAACGUCGUCCGGUCGCCGCCGUUCGGCCGGGCGCGGCGCGGCGGCCAUGGGCAGGAAGGAGCGGGACAAGAAGAAGUCCAAGAAGCGGCACUACGAGGACGAGGAGGAGGAGGAGGAUGACGCUCCCGGGAAGGACUCGCAGGAGGCCGUGCCCUCGGCGGCGGGGAAGCAGGUGGAGGACAGCGGCGCCAAGCUGGACGAGUACGGCGCCAAGGACUACCGGCUGCAGAUGCCGCUGAAGGCCGACAACGCCUCGCGGCCGCUCUGGGUGGCUCCUGAUGGCCAUAUUUUCCUGGAAGCCUUUUCUCCAGUUUACAAAUAUGCACAGGAUUUUUUGGUUGCCAUUGCUGAGCCCGUGUGCAGACCGACUCACAUCCAUGAGUACAAACUGACUGCUUACUCCCUGUAUGCUGCUGUCAGUGUCGGCCUGCAGACCAGUGAUAUCACAGAGUACCUGCAGAAGCUGAGCAAGACCGGUGUGCCGGAGGGAAUCAUUCAGUUCAUCAAGCUGUGUACCGUCAGCUAUGGGAAGGUGAAGCUGGUGCUGAAACGCAACAGGUAUUUUGUGGAAAGUACCCAUCCUGAUGUCAUUCAGCAACUCCUGCAAGACCACGUUAUUAAAGAUUGUCGCCUGAGAAAUGCUGAAGGUGAAGAAACAGAGCUCAUUACAGAGACAUUCACAAGUAAAUCAGCGAUUUCCAAGUCCAGUGAAAGCAGCUUUGGUCCAUCGACAUCGCAAGAAGCAGAUGUUCAAAACAAGCCGGAUGUCCCAGCUGACUUAUAUGAGUUUUAUGAACAGAUGGACAAAGAUGAGGAGGAGGAGGAAGAAACACAGACAGUAUCUUUUGAAGUCAAGCAGGAGAUGAUUGAAGAACUUCAGAAGCGUUGUAUCCAAUUGGACUACCCAUUGCUGGCAGAAUAUGAUUUCAGAAAUGAUUCUGUGAAUCCUGAUAUUAAUAUAGAUCUGAAACCUACAGCUGUCCUCAGACCCUAUCAAGAGAAAAGCCUGAGGAAGAUGUUUGGAAAUGGGCGAGCCAGAUCUGGUGUUAUUGUCUUGCCAUGUGGUGCUGGCAAGUCUCUAGUUGGAGUGACAGCUGCGUGUACUGUCCGCAAGAGGUGUCUGGUCCUUGGUAAUUCUGCAGUGUCUGUAGAACAGUGGAAAGCGCAGUUCAAGAUGUGGUCCACCAUCGAUGACAGUCAGAUAUGUCGCUUCACCUCUGAUGCCAAAGAUAAGCCCAUUGAUUGUUCUAUUGCUAUCAGCACGUAUUCCAUGUUGGGACACACAACUAAAAGAUCCUGGGAAGCAGAAAGAGUAAUGGAGUGGCUUAAAAGUCGAGAAUGGGGCCUUAUGAUACUUGAUGAAGUACAUACUAUUCCUGCAAAAAUGUUCAGACGUGUGCUCACUAUUGUACAAGCUCAUUGUAAACUGGGACUGACUGCUACCCUGGUCAGAGAAGAUGAUAAAAUUGUUGAUCUGAACUUCCUGAUUGGACCAAAGCUUUAUGAGGCCAACUGGAUGGAGCUGCAGAACAGUGGCUACAUUGCUAAAGUCCAGUGUGCUGAGGUUUGGUGCCCAAUGUCACCUGAAUUUUACAGGGAGUAUGUAGCAAUCAAAACAAAGAAACGGAUACUGCUGUACACCAUGAACCCAAAUAAGUUUAGAGCUUGCCAGUUCCUGAUUAAGUUUCAUGAGCGACGGAAUGAUAAAAUCAUUGUUUUUGCUGACAAUGUGUUUGCACUGAAGGAGUAUGCAAUCAGACUUGGGAAACCAUACAUAUAUGGUCCUACUGCACAAGGAGAAAGAAUGCAAAUUCUACAAAACUUCAAGCACAAUCCAAAAAUCAACACUAUUUUCAUUUCAAAGGUGGGUGACACAUCCUUUGAUCUGCCUGAAGCCAAUGUUCUGAUUCAGAUUUCAUCCCACGGUGGAUCUCGAAGACAGGAGGCUCAAAGGCUGGGGCGAGUACUGAGAGCCAAAAAAGGCAUGGUUGCAGAGGAAUACAAUGCCUUUUUUUAUUCUCUUGUAUCCCAAGACACUCAGGAAAUGGCAUAUUCAACAAAGCGACAACGGUUUCUCGUAGAUCAAGGCUAUAGCUUCAAGGUAAUAACAAAGCUUGCAGGCAUGGAAGAAGAAGAACUUUCAUUUUCAUCCAAAGAAGAACAGCAGCAACUUCUUCAGAAAGUCCUACAAGCAUCUGACCUAGAUGCUGAGGAGGAGGUAGUUGCUGGAGAAUAUGGUUCAAAGUCAGUUCAGAUGGCACGUCGUACAGGCACAAUGAGCUCUAUGUCAGGAGCAGAUGAUGCGGUUUAUAUGGAAUAUCAGUCAUCUCGGAGUAAGGCAUCUUCAAAUAAGCACAUCCACCCACUAUUUAAGCGCUUCCGGAAAUGAUGUCCUUCAUGCGUGCAUGCUAUAAGAACUGUGCAUCCAUGUACUUCUUUCCAUAACUAAAAAUAUGGAUUUGAAAUUUCUGGCAGGUCCUCUAAAAGACAUCUUUGCGUGCAUCUAUAUAGCCACGUUUUUGCUUAGCAACAUUUAUGUUCUCGUGAUUAAAUGUGAAAGAAGGAACUAAAUCUCAUCAUGGA